UAGAAAGUCAGCCAUUGUGCAUCACUGUUUGAACCGUCCGCUCAAAAAAUGCCGAACUAUUGCGUUGUCGGUGGAUGCAAGAGUGUUGGAAACAAAGACUUGGGGGUUUCAACAUAUACAUUUCCAAAAAUAGAUCCACUUAGACGAGCGUGGGUGAGAUUUGUGCAGCUAACCCGGAGCGAUUUUUGUGAACCUGGACCACGGGCUGUCGUGUGUUCGCGACAUUUCAAAGAGGAGUGCUUCGAAAGCCCUUGCGCCGCUAUCCUUGAAAGUAGAGAGGAAUCAGGAUUCUGCAAUAGACUUGCCAAGAAAAAGAAGCUGGAUGCUGUCCCAACGAUCUGUUUUCCUGACAGAGAGUGUUUUUCUCAUCCACUGACAGUUAAACGCUGUGAAGGGACAAUGAAGAAAAGAGAACGUAAACGGGUCAUUGAGAAGGCACUUUCUCACAGACGUCUGGCCAAAGCUAAUGUGACUUUGAAGACAGAAGCUGAUGAGACGAGAGCUAUUGCAGAUGGUGAUACGACCGAGGAUAUUGGUAGGCAUAAGACUGAAACCGAAGUCCGUCAACCAUCAGUGUCUGAGGAAGAAGGAAGUCUGAUGAAGCCAACUCUGCAGAAACACGGAACUAUAGAUGUCACUGUAGAAGACUCUUACCCUGAGAAGCACGAUCCCCCCCAGGUUAAACAGGAGUCUGAGUCGGAGAUGCCGUACAUCAAACAGGAGGCGCAGACUCCCAGCUGGAAAGAAGAAAAACGGGAAGAUGUACUCACUACGUUUCCAAUGACUGUCAGUGUGAAAAGCGAAGAAGAUGAAGGUCCAAGCGAAGAAAGUGGCGCAACGAAACCUACAAGCCAGAGCUCGUUUAAACACAUGAUGACAAAAGGUGAGGGACGAUCGCAACCGGACGGCCUCUUAACUCAGCCCUCGGACAGCGACGACGUAACAUCACACUCUUCUGAAUAUAACACUGAUGAUGAGGAUGUUGACUUUGACCAAAAUGCUUCAAAAUCCUCAAACAAGUCAUCAUUGAAAUUAAACAGUCACACAAGAACACAGACCAGAAAGAAGCCUUUCGCUUGCUCACUUUGCAAUAAAAGAUUUUGCCAGAAAGGAAAUUUGAAAAAACAUUCAAAAAUACACACCGGAGAGAAGUGUUUCGCCUGCUCAAUUUGUGAUAAAAGAUUUUCUCUGAACAUAUAUUUAACGACGCACAUGAGGACGCAUACUGGAGAAAAGCCUUUCCCCUGCUCAGUUUGUGGUAAAAGCUUCCGUCAGAAGGCAACUUUAAACAGACACGCGAUAACACACACUGGAGAGAAGCCUUUCGGCUGCUCAGUUUGCGAUAAAAGAUUUUACCAGAAGCAACAGUUAACAGCACACACGUACACACACACGGAAAAAAAGCCUUUUCCCUGCUCUGUUUGUAGGAAAAGAUUUUCUGGGAAGCAUCAGUUAAAAAUACAUACAAGAAUACACACUGGAGAAAAGCCCUUUCCCUGCACAUUUUGUUGUAAAAGAUUCUCCGCGAAGGGAGAUUUAAACUGUCACACAAGAACACACACCGGUGAGAAGCCUUUUCUCUGCACAUAUUGUGGUAAAAUAUUCAGUGACAAGGGAAAUUUAAAUAGACACAAAAGAAUACACACCGGAGAAAAGUGUUUUGCCUGCUCAAUUUGUGAUAAAAGAUUUUUUCUAAAGAUGUAUUUAACGACGCACAUGAGGACACACACUGGAGAAAAGCCUUUCUCCUGCUCAGUUUGUGGUAAAAGCUUCGGUCAGAAGACAACUUUAAACAGUCACGCAAGAACACACACUGGGGAAAAGUCUUUUCUCUGCACAUAUUGUGGUAAAAUAUUCACUGACAAUGGAAAUUUAAACAGACACAAAAUAAUACACACCGGAGAGAAGUGUUUCGCCUGCUCAAUUUGUGAUAAAAGAUUUUUUCAGAAGAUGUAUUUAACGACGCACAUGAGGACACACACUGGAGAAAAGCCUUUCCCCUGCUCAGUUUGUGGUAAAAGCUUCCGUCAGAAGGCAACUUUAAACAGACAUGCAAGAGCACACACUGAAAAGAAGCCUUUCGCCUGCUCACUUUGCGAUAAAAGAUUUUGUCUGAAGAAAGGUUUAACGGCACACAUGAGUACACACACUGGAGAAAGGCCUUUUGCCUGCUCGGUUUGCGACAAAAGUUUCACUACGAAGGGAAAUUUAAACAGUCACACAAGAACACACACUGGAGAGAAGCCUUUUGCCUGCUCAUUUUGCAAUAAAAGAUUUAGUCGGAAGCAACAUUUAACAUCACACAUGAGUACACACACUGGGGAAAAACCUUUGAAUUGAAUUGUGUGAAAAACUAUUCUGAUUUCUGCCACCAUUUAAAUUUCCUAGUUUAAUUUUAAUUAUUAUUUGACGCGGGACGCAACCCUCCUGCGUCAAUACUACUGCUGGUAGCUAGGAUUGGGGAGACCGGAAGUCACUCGUGUAAAAAUUCGGUGGAUCUGGUCGAUUUUCAAACUGAUAUGAAAUCGUAACCCACUUUUUGAGUCCAUCAGAUCUCUUUGAGUGGUAGAUCGGGGCACAGUUGACUUGUCUUUGUUGAUUUACUGCGGUCUUCUCUGCUAUAAUAAUAACCAACACGGCCCCGUGUUCAAUACAAAGCCCUCCUACCACAACAAAACAAGUAGGAACUAAUAUUCACAUAGGAACUAAAGUUAUACAACAUAAAAUAUACAAUAUAAAUGAAUACUACAUCACAUUUGUAAAAUAUGAACACAUAAUAAAAUAAAUAAUAGCCCAUUUUAAUAAAAUUAAUUUAAACGAGCUAAAACACCUGUAAUUAAAUGAUGAGAAUAAUACACAGAUCCUGCUUACACAAUUAAAUUUAUGAAUUUCUGUGUGGCGCUUUAACUUGAGAAAAUCCACCAAUAAAGCUUUUGAAAACCGUUAAUAAGAAAAAAAAUGAUUUAUUGAGGCAUUUUAUUUGUAAAAUACAGGUUAAAAUCUUUGUCAUUGGGAUUGCUUUUCUCUUUAGCACAGGACUUUUUUCUUCUUUCUUUUAGAAAGAAAGCUGACCAAUACGCGGGGUCUGAAAGGCAAAUUGUUGUUGGAUUAUCUUUAAAUACCCGCUACUUUUUGAGCAGAAUUCUAGCUUUGUAUAGGCUAAUGUUCCUAUUGUUGAAAGCACAAAGGUGUGUAAUAAACAACUAGCACAUUUAUAUUUUGCAUUUUGUUUUCUUACUGUACCGAAAAUGAACCGAACCGUGACCUCAAAACCGAGGUACGUACUGAAUCGAGAUUUUUGUGUACCGUUACACCCCUGAUAGAGAGGAGUGCUUCGGCCACUCCUGCUUGCUCUGCAUUCGAGGAAGGUGGGAAGUCGGGUUUAUCCCACUUAGAUGGUACUAGUUGUGACUUCAAAACGCUCCAAGCAGUGUUUUUUUUUUUUUUUUUUUUAACAUUAAAACACGUUGACUUCCAGCAAACCUGCCUUCUCGUAAGCGAUCAAAUAGUGGAGGAAAAACGACAGCUAAAUAAAUAAACCACACUGUCAACUGCCUUUUUUAGAUUUAAUAUUUAAGGUCUGUUUUUUGAUGGGCAGCGCAUUUUGUCGAGUGACGUCUGAUUGAAGCAACUCCUUAAGUCGGGGUACUUUUUUUGGGGGGGCCUGACAUAGCGACUAGGGCGUUCCAAUGAUAUUUUUCCUGGCCGGAUGUUGGAAAACUCUGACUUCUCACCGUUCUCGAAUGCAGCAUCAGUCUAUGGACUCUUGACUGCAGAACGGCAACAUAGUGAAACGUCCAUUUAGAGGCUAUUGAAACAGAAGAAAUGGGCAAAUGAGAGUUUUCACAAGUUCCCUAUGAAGAACGAGGAAUACAAACUGUGGAUACUUGCCGCUGGCUGCAACAUAAACACUCCGGUGGAAAAAAUAUCACUCCGCUCUGGAGCCAAUUACUUACAGAGCUGCUGUAUUACAAAUCUUGCUGUUCAUACUACAGUUAUUGACAUGAAGUUUUAAUGACUUCGUCCUGAAAACAUAGCCAACACGAUUAAUUGCAUGGGUCUUCAGUGAUGUUCAUGCGUGCAUAUGUUGUCAUUUAUUGGCAUGCGUGGACUGGCCCAUUGACUCGCGCUAGCUUAGCCACUCCAAAGCCCUGAAACUAAAAAAUCACUAACUGCACAGAAUUUGUUGAAAUCAACUCCACUGACUAUUUAACCCCCGCUAACUGAAAGAUUAUCCCUAAUCUCAAAAAUUCAGAACUUCUCCUUUAAGUUUUUUUAGACAUAAAUUUCCAUUUAUUCACAUAGCCAUAUGUCUGGCCACUCUUUCUUCUUACAAAAGUGUUUUAUCUGAGCGAACAUCUGGUCAUAGUCAAUGUCAAACAGGGAGAUCGGCACCUCCCCAAGUUAAGCCUGAUAUGUUUAUGCACUGUCUUGUCUAAGAGGCGGGACUAGGCUGCCCACUGUUUCUCGUCACUGUUUGUUACGCAAAUAUAAACUGUAUGGUAUCAUAUCGAAGGUCAAGGAAUCUUCUACUCGCGACACCUCUGUAGAAUCUCCUGGCUAGCCAGCAUCUUUUCCUACUCCUGAAUCGUGUGUUGUCAUCUCCUGUUCGUUAAAAGAAUUAAAGAACCUGUAAAAAGGAAAAUCGACUCUUUCCCUUCAGUUUCAUGGAAAAUUGCAGUAGGUAUUAAAUUUCCGGACGAUGCGUUUAAUGCCAGGAAAAUCAAUGUAGUCUGCCGUAAAUCUUCUCAUGGUGUGUAUUUGCUUGAUUAACCCUUUAUGCUCUGAGCAAUUUUGGUGAAAUUAGGGGUUGAUUUUUCAAUGAGUAUUUAUAAACUAGGGUCACAAAAAUAAUUCAAAAAGACAUACUGCAACACGGCCAAGGCUUUCACAUCCAAAGAACUUCCUGGCAGUUUUUUUGAAAACUUUGUAAAUUUUAAGG